AUGGCUCUUUCCACUAACACUCCGGAACCACCAGGGGUCAAAAACCCCUCCACCACUGGCUCAUCUCCACCAUUGCCAACCUCAUUCACACCAAUCUCACCCUCUUCGACACCUCUUUACUCGCAAGUAGCUACUCAGAACGCACUUCCACUUCUCGAAAAGCAACCUCAUGUUAUCUUCAGCUCUACGAAUAACACGACCCCACGUACCUGGCGUGUAGGGUCCUCUAAGUUUUCAGUUUUUUUCACUGUCCCACCCAAAUCCUCACCCAAGUGUGACCCUUUCUGGAGAGCUCUUCUCUCAGCCUAUCCUCGCGAGGUUAACAUGGGCAUCACUCUUGGCUCACGCUCUUCCCCUGAUACAUGUGAACUCCAUCUACCUACCAGUGCUGACUGCGAGCGAGCGUGCUCUCAACCUUUGGUAGUCGGCGAUUCGUCUUUCCCCGCUCAACCUGCUGUUCCCAUUGGCACAAUUGUUCGCCGUGUUUUCCUAACCAAGCUUCCUCGUGUUCCUUAUCAUGACCUGGCUACACAACUCGCCAAAUGUAUGUCUCCUUUUGGCAAAGUGCGGGAGAUCGCCAUUCAUGAAUCAUAUGGGUUUUUUGACGGUUCUGGCUAUGUUGUCCUCGCCAAUACACCUACCGACGAUGUGCCAUCAGAUUCUCUGACGUACCAAAUUGCAUACGACGAUACGCAAAAGAUUCUUGGUAAGUGGCCUUCCAUGGGCUCCCACUGCACCUACUGUAAGGAAAUGGGGCACGACGUCGCAAAAUGCACCAAACGCCCAGCCGAAACCCGAACGUGUUUUGGAUGCAACAAGACCGGUCACUUACAAGCCAAUUGUCCAUACAUUACCGAUCCUUCCAAGACGUCCAAGACGUCCAACAAGCGCUCCCGCCACCCCAACCGCAAUUCGAAGCUCGAUCGCCCCAUCAUUGCGCCCAAGCCUUUGAUUCCCACUGAGCUCUCACUCAUCUACGGAGGAUCGGAGGCCUCCAAGCACAACCCUCGUCAACCUGCUUUACGUGAGUUGUCUAAGCUGUCUCCCACAAAGACCACCUUUACUCUACCGACACCAACUGAGACGCCCACGUCCUCCGGCCCUCGUCCUCGAAGCCGUUCUGUCGACACCCCCACGCGUGGCUGGGACAAAGAGAUAGACGACAGAAUGAUAACUAAUCUCAUGGAUAGAGAUGAGGCUCGGGCUCUCCGACUCCAGUCUGCCUCUCGCCACACUCAUCUCCGUUUUUCCCGGCCGGCACGUCCAACAGGCCGCAAUACAUCUCUCUCUCCUCCUCGCUUUACUCACCCACAAACCACAAAAGCCCUCGGCGCAGAGGCCAACAUUAACCAAUGA